AUGAAGUAUUUUACAUCUGUUAUUCUUUUAUUGAUCACUGCUUUUAUUGCAGCGAACGUCAAUGCCAUCGUAACGGGAACAUAUUUUGACCGAAUUGUUUUAAUCAUUUUUGAGAAUACAACUUUUAGUCAAGCUGAACAACAAUCCUUUUUGAAAAAUUUAACUAGCCGUGCUAACGGUCUUCUCCUUUCCAACCACUUCGCAGUUGCAUAUCCAUCUCAGCCAAAUCACAUUGCUAUAAUUUAUGGUUCAACCGCUGGUAUCACGGACGAUAACUCUCAUAAUAUUACUGGAAACAAUUUAAUUGAUCUGCUUGAAGCCAAAGGUGUCUCUUGGAAAGCCUAUAUGGAAGAUUUUCCUGGCAAUUGCUUCACUGGUACUUUUGCACCUUCGGGUACUGACCUUUACGCAAGAAACCAUAAUCCUUUCAUUUCAAUGAAUAAUAUAAGACAAAACUCUGCCCGUUGUGCAAACAUAGUUCCUGGCACUCAACUUGAUACUGACAUAAACAACAAUCAAGUACCACAAUUUGUCUAUUUUGUACCAAAUCAAAAAAAUGCUGGUCAUGACACUGGUGUAGCAUUUGCGAUGAAUUGGUUUCAAAAUUGGUUUGAAUCAAAGCUUAAAAAACCUGCUUUCACAACAAAUACAUUAUUCAUUAUCACAUUUGAUAAAGAUGAUGGUUCCCAAAGCAAUCAUAUUUUUUCUGCACUUCUAGGUACUCCUGUUCAUCCGCCCUCCGAUCAUAAUGAUACUACCGCUUAUAAUCAUUACUCACACUUGGCUACCGUAGAGUUAAAUUGGAAUUUAGGAAAUUUGAGUAGGCAAGAUGCCACUGCGACUCCAUUUACUAAAUUUUUACAACAUCCUUGA